CACGGCUGAGGUGUGCCGUCAGACAGUCUUUUUAAGUCCAGACAAGCGUUCAGCUUCGAGCAGCGGGCCGCGCGCGAGUCGUCACCAUACCAUCGCCGUCAACAACGCCGUCCUCUCGAUCAGAGUCGCGCAUUGCCAGGGGUUGCACCACAGCCCCCCUCUCUCCGCCGCCGCCGCUCAGCAGCUUCGCCAAUCGCCACGCCCCUGCAGCCGCCCCGGCGCGGUGCGGCAGGGCCCCGGGCUCUACUCGCUCCGCUACACACCUGUUGAGGCGCGGCCGCCCUGGGCCGGGGCCGGGGCAGCUCUAGGAGGCGGGGGCCGCCGCCGCCCUCACAGCGCCGCGCCAACCCCAGCUCUGGAGAAUGGCCCCCGCAAUGUGUACGGUGACGCCUUCAAAACACUGACACAACAAUGGCUUGGCACGCACUAGUCAAGUACUUACCAAUGCGAAGUGUACUGAGCAAGGACCUGUUCGGCUGGGCCGACUACCUCGUGCUGGUGCUCGUGCUGGGCGUGUCGCUGCUGGUGGGGCUGUACUACGGCUGCUGCGGCUCGCGGCAGAGCACGGACGGCGAGUACCUGCUGGGCAACAAGGAGAUGCGCAUGCUGCCCGUCGCCAUCUCCCUCAUCGCCGGCUACAUCUCCGGCAUUACUCUGCUAGGCACCCCGGGCGACAUCUACAGCUAUGGCACACAGUACUAUGCCAUCAUCCUGGGUAUCUUCUUCAUGUCGUUCGCCAUCAACUACCUCUUCUUGCCCGUUUUCACCGAGCUGGGCGUCAAGUCUUCAUAUGAGUACUUACAGGUGCGCUUCCGGCACCGAGCGGUGCGUACCGUGUCCGCCUUCAUCUUCAUCUUUGAUGAGAUCAUCACCAUCCCGAUUUACAUGUACGUGCCGUGCCUGGCGCUGGAGCAGGUCACGACCCUGUCCCGGAUGUGGACGGCGCCCGCCGUCAUGCUCGUCUGCAUCUUGUACACCGGCCUGGGCGGGCUCAAGGCCGUGGUGUGGACGGACGCCAUCCAGAUGUGCAUCUUCUGCCUGUCGCUGGUCCUCAUCUUCGUCCUGGGCACCGUGAGCGUGGGCGGCUUCGGCGUCGUGUUCACUGCCGCCCACGAGGGCGGCCGGCUGGAGCUGUUCAACGUUGACCUGGACCCGCUGCAGCGCACCACCCUCUGGGGGGCCGUCAUCGGCGGAUUCAUGUACUGGACGGGGUUCAACUCCGUCAAUCAGACGUGCGUGCAGCGCUACCUGUCCGUGCCCAACCUGCGCACGGCGCGCCGCGCGGUGUGGGUGUUCUCUGCCGGAGUGGUUGGCAUCAUCACCUUCUGCACGUACAUCGGCCUGCUCAUGUACGCCUACUUCCAAGACUGCGACCCCCUUGCGGCCGGCAUCGUUGGCACGAGCGACCAGCUGUUGGCGCACUUCGUGAUGCGGGUGGAGGGCAAGCUGCCCGGCUUGCCGGGUCUCUUCAUGGCCGGGGUGUUCGCCGCCGCCCUCAGCUCCAUCUCCGUGUCGCUCAACUCGACGGCCGGCGUCGUCCUGGACGACUUCUGGCGCAGCUACGCAUCGCGCUCGCUCACGGACACGCAGGCCGCCGUGUUCGCCAAGGCGACGUGCGCUGCUUUUGGCUUCGUGUGCGUCGGCCUCAUGAUGGCGAUGCAGAACGUCGAGUACAUCAUCCAGGUGGCCAUGACCCUGACGGGCAUCGCGGCCGGCACGCAGUUUGGGCUCUUCUCCCUCGGCAUGUUCAACCCCUGGGCCAACUACAAGGGGGCGAUCGUGGGCGCCGUCACAUCGCUGCUGGUCGUGAGCUGGCUGUCCGUGGGGGCGCAGGUCAUGUCCAUGGAGGGCCGCAUCUCCUACCCGCGCCUACCCACCAACGUGACGGGCUGCGACCCGCCCGUCGUACCCACCCCGCAGCCCACCACGGACCCCACCGUUCUGUCGCUGUACCGCGUGUCGUACCUGUGGACGGCCUCCAUCGGCUGGCUCAUCGUCAUGAUCGUGGGCUCACUGGUGUCAGUGGUCACCGGGCCCGACAGCCCGCUCGACUCCAAGCUGGCCGUGUUCUCGCCCCCAGUGGCCGCGCUGCUGCGUCGCGGGCGUCCCGACGCCGGCCAGGACGCCGCGGCCGCCGCCGCCGCGGGCUCCACCGUCACCCUGGCGGAGAAGGGCACACGGCUCUAGCCCGGAUCGGACUCGACUCUGCAGGUGUUUUCCGACCCCUGCUUUUCCUGCAGACGGCAGGUCGCCUGGCCAACGAGCGAUCUGCCGGGGCGUUCCGGGGGCGACCGGGGACCUGCGGAGCAUGUGCAUGUACUUAUUUGUGCUAACGUAUCUCCAGAUCGGCACAUUCAGUAUUACUCAAAACAGUUGUGCGUAAGUUUGCACAACUUUGUACACAAUUAUCAUGUACAGAUAAAUGUUUUUGUAUACAGAUUGUACGAGAGCUGGUAGUCCAAUGUUUGCGGGUCUGCCUACUCCCUCCACACAAGGAGCGAGGGGCCUUGACCCCCCGAGGCCGAAUGGGGUAUGGAAUCCCGCAACACUGGAGCACCCGUUCGGAUAAACCCGAUGAAUAGUCGCCCCUGCCAAAGGUCUAGCUUUUCAAAGCCCGGGCAGCAUAGGAGUUUAUACAGGCGAGUGGGAGGGGGAGCCAGACCUUUGGCUGAGAUGACUUUACAUCGGGCAUAAGUAUGCAUGUGUCCGUCUCCACAGUUAAGCACAAAGCACAACACAAACAUUAAGUUUGUGUGUGUGUGUGUGUGUGUGUGUGUGUGGUUGUGUGUGUGUCUGUGUGUGUGUGUGGUGGGUGGUUGCGCUCCUGUGUCUGGCUGCGCGCCUCCCCUCAUGAAUAAAACAAGAUGAAAAUAUC